GCCACAGUCCAGUGCGUUAAGAGCGCAGAGCAGCGCAGCAGAGUGACUCUCUCCGUCGUCCACUCCGUCCUCCACCGCCGGGAUUAAUGUUUCCUCUCCGUCUCAGCAGACCUGCUCUCUACAUGAAGCUUGGUUCUUCUCCGUGAUUUCUUCGCCAUGAGCUGCCUGGAUGUGAUGUACCAAGUGUUUGGUCCUCAGCCUUAUUUCAGCUCCUACAGCCCCUAUCACCACCAGAAACUGGCCUUUUAUUCCAAAAUGCAAGACCCCCAGGACAGCGGGCGGCGGCUUGCCCCCCCAGGCCACCCGGCGAUCAAAGAGGAGGACAAGGAGCUGCCGCCGGGAGCCGAGUACCUGAACUCCCGCUGCGUCCUCUUCACUUACUUCCAGGGAGACAUCAGCGCUGUGGUGGACGAGCACUUCAGCCGAGCCCUGAGCCACACAACUGCAUACCCCGCCUCAAGCAGCCACAAGGCCCUAAGAGAUGGAUCAUUCCCUAUGAGCCAGAGAAGUUUCCCUCCGUCUUUCUGGAACAGCUCCUACCAGCCGUCGGUCUCCUCCACGCUUGGCAGCGCUCUGUCAGCUCCCCACACAGAGCUCCCCUUCCCUGGGGACCCAUACUCCUCCGCCUCCCUGCACAGCCACCUCCACCAAUCUAGCCCCGACACCUGGCACCCAUCCCAUCACCACCACCAUCACCACCACCACCCUUACUCACUAGGGGGCGCUAUAAGCACCCAGGGCUCAGCGUAUCCACGCCCGGGGGUUCAUGAAGUGUACGGUACGGCGUUCGACCCUCGCUACGGUUCUCUGCUGGUACCGUCAGUGCGGCCUCAUCAUCGUCUGGCAUCUGGCAGCUCGGUACCGGGGCCCAGCGCCUCGUCUUGUGAUCUAGGAGGGAAGGGGGAGUCUGGGGCGGGUUCAGCCUGGAGUGGUGCUUUCACCGGAGCCGGAGCAGAGAUCGGACUCAACAUGGACACAGGUCUGCAGGCACAGGAUAAGAGCAAGGAUUUGUAUUGGUUUUAGAGACUGCUGAGACUCUUCCCCCUCCUCCCCUCCCUUCACUCCUACUUCAGCUGUAGCCUCUUUCCUCUACUCGUGCUCUACUCUGUUGCUCUGCUGCUGUUAUGGGAUGACUGACAGAGAAACUGAAAAUUGGUCAGAUGGCAUUUUUGUGCUGUAACGGCUUCUGGUCUGCUUGCAGCUCGGUGUUAUGGCGGACUGUGCAGCAGCAGCAGCACAGCUCUGCUGAGCUGAAUGCCGGCAGUGUGGAUACAAAGCGUGGAAACAAAAGUGGACUCGCGGAGGAGAGAGAGAGAGAGAAAGAGAGAGAGAAUCUGAUCUUGACGGAUGUGGACAAAGACAAGAGUCUUUGUGCUUCUGUAACAGGCAGGGACAACAUUCCUAAACUGGAAAAAGUCUGGGGACAGACGGACAGAGACACGUGUUGUCAAACUCCAAAUUUAAGCGCUUGAAGGACUUGGCAGGACUUGCCUCACUGGGACAACUGGACUACAGACACUGGGAGUGUUAUGGCUGGAGGAAAGGCCAUGUUGGUGUUCAGGAGGCCGCACAGCAAGAAUUUGGCAGACUGCGAAGGAAGGAGGAGCAAACACUUUGGUUUACAUGGACUAUUGGUUCAAUGUCAACUGAAAAAAAAACACUGUCAGUAUUUUAUGGCACAUUAAAAGUUAAACAGUUUUGGACGUUUUCAACUGAUAUUAAAAAGAUAUUUAAGUAAUGUUUCAAGCUGUGUCCCAAUUCCAUAUUAUGUACAAACUAUGUCUGUAUGCAUAAUAAAUCCUAUUCAUUUAUGUGUGUACAGUUGAUGUACACCAUUGUCCCACAAUGCAAUGCAUAAAUGAAAUGGAGGAGCUGCAAAGUCUAACUGACAUCCAUUGGGACAUGCGCUGCUUCCAUUCCUGUUAGUACAGUUGAGUAUACUGAUAUCUUUUACAUUAACUGAUACUGUUUAUAAGUAGCAUGUAAUUGGGACACACGUGUCUCAAUAAUAUGUUACAGUGACCAGGAUGUAAGCAUGAAUUUGAUGACUUGCAAGUCAAAUAACAUCAUAUCAUCUACGUAAAAAUUACAUACAGUAAAUCUAUUGAGUUUAAGUGGUCAAUUGAUGGAAAUUUAAUCAGGCACCAAAACAUUUACUGUUCAUAGCCUCUGAAAUGUGAGGAUUUGCUGCUUUUUCUCCUGUUUCAUAUGAUUGAUUAUGUGAUUGAAUACUUUUAGACUCUUGGUCACAACAAAACAACCAAUUUAAAGAUGUCACCUUAGACUUAUUUAUGAUUUGAAUUCAUGAUUAUACACUAUGUACAAUGAUGAAAUAACAGAAAAAUAAUGGACUAAUAGUAGAGAUGUUUCGAUACCAUUUUUUCCUUUCCGAUACAUUAACUUUGCGAUACCGAGUAUCCGAUACAUGUGCAUUAAAAAUAAAUAAAUGUAUACAUACACUGUAUAUUAUUAUUUGUUAACGAGCGUUUACUACUAAGCCUGAAUGAUGUCUAAGAUUGUCUGCUAUUGUCAAAGUCAGAGUAGGGCGGGGUUAUGACUUCUAUCCUGGGAAAAAAAAGCUAAUCUAUUUUGGUGCUAAUAAGUUACGUGGUAUUGGAUCAGUGCACCGUCAGUAUCAGAGGAAUUUCGAAUACUGGUGUCGGUAUCGGAACAACUCUAAUUAAUGGAUAAUGAAAAUGAUUAGUUGGAGCCCUGAUUUAAAUGUUAUUCAAACAGUGGCUAUUGGUAACCUAGAUGUCCAGAUGUCUUUUGAUCUGUAAAUUACAAAAAACACAUGCUUAACACGAAAUAGUGACACCUGGUUGUUUUGCUCGAAUUCCUGAGUCAUAAUAUUACAUAAAGAAAGCUGCUGUCUAUAAAAUAGAGAUAACCUCAGGUGUUUUCCAUUUGAUUGGAAUUUUAAAAAAAUGCACACUUACAGCUA